AUGCGGUUUAAUGAAGAGCCAAAAGCUUUGGUAUACCCAUCUAUUAUUCAGGAUGAUGACUCGGCAAGAGCUCGAGGCAGCACUUUACACCAAUGCUCUCAAGCGUCAUUGCACUCCUCGCCAAGCCCUUCUCAUGUAAUGCCUCUGGAGGAAACCAAAGAGUUUGAGAACGGGGUGGGAGGCCAUGAAAAAAAUAAAUUGGUUACCUCGGCAAGCCACCACGCAUCUUCUGUUUCAAGCCUAGUUGCCGAAAAAAAAGUCACCACCCCUGAAAAACAACGAACCAGAAGAGGAGUUACUGAGUAUGAGAGGAGUUCCGAAUUUUCACCGGCUGCUUUGGAACUGACGUUGACUCAGAAAACUGAAAAGGACGUACGCGCUCUAGUCUUAUCUCCUAUCUCUGAGGAAGUGAAGGAUAUGCCUGUUAGUGAAGGAAUGCUUUCCCCUAGUGUUCGCAAACGCAUUGUGGAGCAGUUUUUCUCCGUUCUCUCGCCCCAGCAAUUUUAUGGCAAGGUUACAAAACUGCAUCGUAUUCGACUGAUGGAGAAAGACCCCGAACGGGCCCCAGGUCUCAGGGCGUAUAAAAACAUUUUCGUUGUGACAAAAGGAGUUUUGCCUAAUCAAUACUUUUACCCACAAUUACGUCUCUUGGAGUCGGAUGGAUCACGAGCGCGUUGCGACGAAUCCCCUGAAUACUUGGACACACCCAUCGUUCUCUACGAGGCCGCACCUGGGAACAUGCUAUUUGCUGAGACGGAGCUCGAGGCGAAACAUAUCUUCGACAUCAAUUCCUCUGCUACCAGUUGUUUUGUUUUAGAUAAAUCCGCAAUUAUUUUUAAGGACCCAUUGAAGUUUGUGCUUCCAAUUGCGAUGCUGACAGUGCGUUGGAUUCCGUACUCCGUGGCACAAUCCGAACCUCAGUGUCCAGUGCACCAUAAGGAGCUUCAGCUGUUUGAUCGUUUCUCCAAGGAGCUACUGUGCGCCCUGUGUGUUUCCAAGAAGGCGUCCCACGUGGAGGACCUCAUUGUUAUCCCGGAGGUUCUUGGCGGCGAUUCUCGACGACAAAUUUUGGAGAGGCUUUCUCAGCAAUUACAAGAAAGGCAGCAAAGUGCUGCGGAUUGGGUGAAUCAGCACCAGAGGAUUGUUUCAUUUGCGAAGCAAAAGAAGGAUGCUGUUAACCAACAGUUUGAUUUACUUCUGGCGGCUAUUAAUGCUAAAAGAAAUGAGUUUUUAGAGCACUGCGAUGCCGCAUUUGGAUACUCUUUGAGCAAUGUCGCAAGGGAGAUUCUCACCGAAGACGAACGUGUUCGUUUGCUAAGGGCUGCUGUUGACCACCUGCGAACGGAAAUUACAAAACCAUUGUAUUCAAUGCAAAUUGCCACCGUGGCGAAUGCAUUACAUUCCUCGGACGAGUUUCCGAAGCCCAUAUCGAUGGAGUCUCUUAAGCUAUCGGCUGUGGCAAAAGAAUUAACACCAAAUCUAGAGGGCGCAAUGGCGGAGGUGCAAUCUCUG